CUCAUCACCAGCUCUGCAGUGUUUCUGGUGGUGAAGAAAAGACUCCGUCCUGCUGCUGUGGCUGCGCCUUCAUGUUUGACGUCCACCUGGGCAGGUCAUCUCCUCGUGGUUCUUGAGAGGACGUCAGGUUACACCCUCAGCCUUCAUGGAGGUGAAACUGAGUGUGGACGCGACAGAUGAGCUGAUAAUGUCCAGAUGACACAAGCCCCGCCCACAUGUGAUGCAAACAUAGCUCUACUAACUGCUCCACACCAACACCUCUCCCCUCCCCCAUGCCAAGAAGCUCUGCAUCGACCAUGUUGACCAAGAGGAAGCUGUGGGUCAUCGUGGUGAUUGCCGCCAUCAUCUUCCUCAUGCUUGCCACUCAGACGAUGCACCGGAGACAUUUCUCCGUGUCGUCAGUCAGCCAAGUUGAGCUCAACACCGAAGAAACUGUCAGAGAAGCAGGUGCUCUUCCUAAAGUUGGCCCUCAAGCUGUCACAGACAUCGAUCAAGCCUCGUACGAAAAGGAAAAACCUGAGGAAAUGGUGGAUGAGAAAGCAGAAGGGGAGGACAACGCUGACUUGCUCGAGGAGAAUGAGAGGCCUUGUGGCUGUCCAAAUUCCUGCAUGUCGGACGUGGACGGGUUCGAUUGGUUCGGAAAGCGCUAUGAUCCCAACCAGGAACCUAUUGUGCGAGAAACCAACAAUUUUGAACCCGAAGCCCUCAAGUGGUGGCUGGGUCUGCAGCGGUCCGGCAACGAUCAAACCAUCCAUGAAGUCAUAGAUAAGAUGUUCACAGUCAUCUCUCCGCCCACUGUUGAGUUCAAACCCGAGCCCAGUCGCUGUCGAGACUGUGCCGUGGUGGGAAACUCGGGGAACCUUCUGGGCUCCGGAAACGGAAAACUGAUCAACUCCUUCAGCUCCAUUAUUCGGAUGAACAAGGCAGUGACCCGAGGGUUCGAAAGUGACGUUGGCAAUCGCACUACUUACCACAUCAUGUACCCCGAGAGCGCGAUUGACCUGGAGCCUGGCGUCAGUCUGGUGCUUCUGCCUUUCAAGUUGAGAGACCUGGAGUGGCUGACCAGCGCUCUGUCCACCGGCGAGAUCCAUACGACCUACAUGAGGGUCAAGAAUUUGGUGAAGGCAGAUAAAGACAAGGUUCUGGUGGUGAACCCGGAAUUCUUCAAGUACGUGAAUGACCGUUGGACGGAGCGCCAUGGUCGGUACCCGUCCACAGGGAUGCUGGCGCUCAUCUACGCGCUGCACGUCUGCGACCAGGUCUCCGUCUUCGGUUACGGCGCGGACAAGCUGGGGAACUGGCACCACUACUGGGAGCAGAACCGGAACGCCGGAGCCUUCAGGAAGACUGGCGUCCACAGCGGCGACUACGAAAACCAAGUCAUCCAGCAGCUGGCCAAGAACGGGAAGAUUGACCUGCACCUGUGACGUGUCCCUCCCGCCUACAGACCGACCCAGACAAUCCAACCCAUGACCACCGACUCUGGAGGCUCAAACUCCUGUAGUUUUGCACAUCAACGCUCACACGUCUGCCUUGAGUCUCCAGAGUUGCCUUGACCACCUGUGAAGCCUGAGCUGGACUUCUCGGCCCCUCCACUGUUUAAGGACCCUCUUGCCAUCAGUGACUGCGAGGAGCAACCACCAAAAACUGAGCGGGAAGCAACCACACCUUUUUAUGUAGAACUCCUUUUAUAGAGGUUUGACAGGGAUAACAACCCUCCUUUUCCUGUAUGAGCACUUUCGCUGAAACCAUGGCCUUAUUCUUCUGCCUGUGUCCAGAGCGCUGAAAUCCAUCCACAGUUUUUCCUCCUUUGAAUAUCAUAGAGUUUUGUAUGUAUCAGCCACGCUUCAGGACAAGCCUUCGUGCUCAGGGUUGCCCAUCUUUUGCGGGCCGAGCAAAUGCCAUCUCUGAACCCUGAAACACUAUGUGUGUGCUUAAUAUCGUCCAACUAAGUGCACCCUCUUCCUGGAGUUGCCAUUUUCGAAGCGUGUCAUUUCGCACAACUGAUGUGAUCUUGUUCAAUCGGAACCUCUGCUCACCCAGCUAGAAGCGUCAGUUCCAAAGCAGCACUUUCGACGUCCAUCUCUGUGUCUUUCCUCGCCUUGUUGUCAUCCGGCCCGUACUUCGUUCAGCUUUAAUGGAAACGUACGAAACAAACGUAGCUAGGUUUGAGACCUCGACUCGCCACGAAUGACACCGCAGCGCCUUUUCACCAAACACUCGUGUUUGCAACCAAAAUGCAACCAAAAAGAGAUUGACCGCUUGCUGUUAAGAGUUGCUACUGUGAAUGUACGAACCGACUGACCGAUCAGAGAAGCCGACGUGCUAAAGAUGAUGCCUUUAAUUUGCAGGAAAUCUGCAAAUGAACUUUAUAUAGCUGGAUGUUUUAGUAGUUUACCGGGGUGAUGGGUGUUUUCUUUUAUUGUGCACUAUUCUAACUAAACAAAGGGAACAAGGUUGGGAAGAGAUGACCCCAUCUGUUGAGCAGUAGAGUGAUGCGACGGUGGAUCGCUUUCACUGCUACCAUCGAGUUAUUUUCGCUGUGUGGUAAACCCAGCUUUUUAUAUUUGGAUGAUGCAGAGUUGUGUUUUGUUUUAUUUGUGUGUGUGUGUAUAUGUUUAGCUCUGAUUGCCAAAUCAUUUUACUUGUCUGGUUGAGGUGUUUUUUUUAGCAUUGAUGCGACUUAGAGGAUGGAACUGGGCGCCACAUGCCGUUUAUAUCAACACUAAUAAAUGUGUGUCAAUCUAUCCCUGUUUGUCUCAGCGCAGGACAAAAAAAAUUGGCUCACUCUUUGCAAAUGUCCUGCGUCGCACAUGGCUUCCGGCAUCCAGGCUAGCCAGGGCAGGCCGUUGACAAUGAAAGAAAAGCUCAUCCAAAGUCUGAGACCAUGUGACUUGAGCAGUACGGCAGUCUGCUGACGUGAGAGUGCUUCUUCUCUUCCUUCUUUCCAUGCGUGUUGCUGCUCAUCAGGUGUUUUAGUAUGGGAUGUCAUGUUGGUGUCUUGGUCCAUAUUUUUUCUUUUCCUCUCCAUGAACUGAAAGUUUCUUUGGCCGUACGCCCAGUUAGACUUUUCUCAUCAAGGACCUUUAGCGCCCCUGCAGGACAGGAGAGGAACUACAACGCAUUUUGUGUCAGAAGUGAACCGACGGGGUUUACUUGUUUUAAUCUCACAAACCUUCCGCCAAUCAUUUGUAACCAGACUUAAAAAAGAAAAUCACUGAAAUCCUCAAAUUAAUAAAGUUAAAAAACCACCAGACUUGAACUGUUUUUUUUUUUUAUUAAAUUUGCGAGACAAUCAGAGCCAGAGUUUCAGUUUUCAUCUUCCAUGUAUUUAUUUAUUUACUGGCAGUGAGUGACUGAUGACAGAAAUCACACCCUGAAUUACAUUUGUGUGUUUUGUCUCUAAGUUGCAUCGUUUAUUGCUUUUUAGUUGGAUGUCUUGGCUGGAACAUGAGAACCAUUUUUUUUAAUUCCUGAAUUCCGUCCCGUAGACUUAGACAUAGAAGGGACGGAUGCACUUUGAAAUUCAUUGGCCGUCAUGAAUGACUGGGAGGCGCUACUGCUCUCCUGGUGCACGACUGUAUUCUGAGGGUACAUUUCCAGCCAAGACUAAUACAUGAACAAAAACAGCAGGAAUCAUUUUCUUCAUUGUGAUUUAAACAUUUAAGAUAAAGUCCACAAACACUCAACAAUUCAGAAGUAGCUGGUCCAUAGCGGAACAUGAUGAUUUUUUUUUUUAAUAUUCUUUUUGCAUUCCAGGAUGUUGGAUGUAGAGUUAGCACCUCAGUCGUGAUCCGGCGUGACCCGGAGUCCACUUGUGGUGGCAGUCGUGUCACAUAUAAAUUGUUUUGUGACAAAAGACACCUGAACUAAAGUUUGUCCUUUGGUAGCCCACAAUCCUUUGUGCUUACUAAGGCAUGCGAAACAGGUCUACGGUGCUGGUAUGUGUCGGCGUCUCUGUACAUUCACAGAUGCGUAACAUGAUGCGAAGCAAAAAUAAAACGUUUCAUUUUCA